AUUUUAGCGAAUGAUGACUGCCAAAUCGAUGUCCGAAAGAGAUGCCUACCAGCUCCAAGAGCAUUGGGAAUUCUUAGUGAAAGAUGAGAAGCAGUAUCCUCCAAUCAGUGACGAAAUACGUAACGACCCUGAUGUCUCUAAAAUGAGAAAAUAUCUGAUCGAGUUUAUCCUGCAAGUGGGAGACCGACUAAAACAACGUGCUCUAACAAUGCAGAUAGCCGUUAAUUAUCUGGAUAGACUCUUCAUGAUGGGAAAACUAGAUCUUGUCAAAUAAGGAUAAACAUUUAUGGGCCGUAACAGCUUUAUUGCUAGCGUCAAAAUAUGAUGAACUUGAUCAAAAUAUUCCUUACAUCAAAGAAUUUGGCAAGGUUUCCUCCAAAGCUAAGUAUACUUACUCAGAAGUCAUAAAAUGAGAGACGGAAUUCUUGAAUCUCCUUAAAUGGGAUCUAAUCUCAAUAUGUCCAAGUUACUUCCUAAGUGUCAUUCUACAUCUCUGAAAUUCAGAGAGCUCAAACACAACUGUGAAGUCACAGAAGGUAUCUCCUCCCUUAUCAUUUGAAAAGAUGAAACAGUUGAACAAAUUCUCAGAGUUUUUUAUGGACAUCGCGUUUCAGUCACUGGAACUUCAAAAGUAUCAAUUCUCAGUGCAGGCAGUCUCCGCAGUCACUUCUGCAAGGAAAGUUCUUGGCCUAAAACCUCUAUGGAGCAAAGACAUCGAAAAUUUCACUAAAAUCAAGCUAAUUGACUGAAAAGAGUGCUUUGAGAAGCUCUUCUCAAAAUAUGAAAAACAUUUUCCUAAGAAGAAACUCAAGCAUCAGAAGAAAGAGAAAGAAAACUUAAAUUUUCUUGAAACAAAAUCAAAAGCCAAGAAGAGGAUAAUUACUGGUUCUAAUAACCUCAGAAAUCUGGAAAAAGUGGAUAAGCUUCAUUCAUUAUCACGGAUUGUGGUAUCUAAGCACAAGACGAAGAACUUGAAGAAGAACUCUUCCCAGCCAGCGAUAGGCAAAUUCUGACAGAGGAAAGCUAGUUAUAUUGCAUACAUGAAGGGUUCUAAAAUUCAAGUUAAUUUGAAUAAUGAUAAGAAAAUUACAAAGAAUGGAAGACUUUCUGGUAGGAGUAGUGUCUCAAGCGCUACUCAUUUUGCAAAAUAAGAGGACCUCUGCUGACUGAAAUAUCCGCUCAAGAGGUAAAAUUAUAGGAAGCGCUAUCACAACCCCUUCAAAUGCUGUUGUUAAUAAAAUUUCAAGGAAUGCAAGAACGAGGAAACUCUUGAGAAAUUCAAGCUCGCGUGAGAUUUCUUCAAAUCAGAAUAAGAUAACCAGACUUAAAAUGGAUUCAACAAAGGGAGGAUACAGUGCUAUGGAAUAUACUUAUAGAACCACGAAGGCUAAAUUCUCCAGGAAUAGGUCUGUUUCUGCUAAACUGAAACAAUUCAGCAAUACUAUAAAAGCUAGCUCAACUCUUAGGAAUCAGCCUAAGAGGAAGGUUAUCUCAAAGAAACCACAGAACAACCCUUGAAGUAUUCUUAACAGCAAGGAUUUGAAUCUAAUCCAUGUUACAAUGGAUGCUUCUGAUCUUAAUGACUGCAACUUUACAAUGACUGAUGAGUCUGAGAGUUGCUCUAAUUUACUAUCCCACCGACCUAGGAAGCUUAAGCUAAUCAGUAAUAUCUAAAUUUAUGAACAGACAAAAAUCCUUUGAAUAAGGUUUAGGGAAGCAGAAAUGAUGAAAUCCUCUUCUAAGAUGAACCAGGCUGAGAAAUACUUGUUUAAAAAUCAUCAAAAAUAGCAAAUUAUUAUAAACCUUCUUAUUAAAAGAUA